CAGCUGUUGAUAUCCAAUUCGAAGAAAAAGGUGAGCGGAAUUUGAUUGGAGGAAAAACAAUCACAGGGCAGGACCUUCAAGGGCAACUCAAAAUUAACAGCGCUGGCCGUCCACUAGGCCGCGGAAAACUAUCGAUGAAGGCCAUUCUGAAGGGUGAGAUGUUCAAGCAGCUGGUUUCGCUUGAUGUGUUCGAGUCGUACCUAAACUCAAUCAGGCGGGACCCCGGAAUCUGCUGCACCAGGAUAAGUUUGGUCUCGGAGUCCAAGACGCGGUUCAACGGAGUCUCGUUAAUCCAUCUUGAAUGAAGGAACUCGUGCAGGACAACGAUGCUCCGGCCCGGAUAAUACCGUUCAUCAGACGUCGUACCGCAGCACGGUUAUGUCAGUUGUCGUUGUCCGUGAGCAUUCCUGGACAGCAAAUCGUUAACUGCCGCAAGAACCUUACUGGCAACGAUCUGGUGACCAUGUAUCUGCCCAAGCUAGGUGCGCAGUGCAAGUUCUACAACGAGCGUAUGUUCGGCUUCAGCCUGGUGAGUUCCGGCUCAUUAACAAAAUUCAUAGGAAUUGACAAUUUUCUCCUUUUUUACAGUGAUGGAAGUGGUCCCGUUCCCGGAACUCCACAAGGCAUCUAUCUAAUGAUGUUCGGGGGUUAGUCCAGUUUAUUCUUCACGACGUGUCGUGUCGAAGUGGUUCAAGACGGCAAUGGCAGGCGACUGUUCCGCCACCACCGGGUUCGCCUCGACAGAGUUUGCCUUUGACAAGGGUUUUACCGACAGCGGGCUGGACAAGACGUUCCGCUCAUUGUACAUGUCCACUUCGGUUGGUACGCACGUUGAAAUGUUCCAUUGGAAUGUGUUUUAUACCCAUGUUUCCCAUGGAUUCUCUGGUUGAACUUUUAUUCGUUGGCAGGUGCAGCUGGGGUCGAAGGUCAAUCUUCGCUUGCACCUGGCCUUGCUAAAAAGGCCAAGCUAACGUUCGGAUCGCUCCUGCAGCUGUACGAGCCUCAAACGUUGGCUGCAUGGUGGAGCGUCCAGCAGUGGUAGUAGUGAAUCUGGGCUCCACACUACGUUGGCGUUGGCCGAGGUCGAAGUGACCUGAAACGCGAACUUGUCGGUGGAUGAGCGAGUUGGCGAGAAAUGAUGUCGAGUGCGUCAAGAACCCCAAGUGGCUGGCCGCGAUCGGCAGCCGUGCAACGAUUUCAUCUACGACGGUCCAGAAACAUCGGAAUUAUGACUUGUCCUCUGAACCUAUAGAGUUGGUCCACGGAUGACUUUUGGAAAUCGAUGCACGGGUAAGAGGCCUACUAAAAGUUACAAAGCUCAUUAGCUACAAAUUUUGUUACCAAUUAUUAAAAACUUGGAAAUUUUUUGUUUAUUCUUAAUUACUGGUAUUGCUCCGUUGGAUCUAGAAUUCGAUAAAUUAAAUCGAAUUUUUCAUCCAGCUGAGCA